AAUACUCACCAACAUUUGACAUUUCGAUGACGUUCAACCAUUUUUGUGUGAUAUGAACAAGUGAAAUAAGAAUUUUUUUCCCCGAUUGAAGUUUAAUUAUUUGUGAAAAAAGUGCAAAUAUUUUUAAGAAAAUCUAUUGUAAUUUAUAGUGUAUUAAUAAAGGAUAAUAAAAAACAACAAAAUGCCAUUGAAAUUAGAUAUUAAACGCCGUUUAACAUCACGUUCGGAUCGAGUCAAAUGUGUUGACAUACAUCCAACCGAACCGUGGAUGUUGUGUGCCCUUUACAAUGGCCACGUACACAUCAUGAAUUUUGAGAACCAGCAAUUGGUAAAAGAUUUCGAGGUUUGUGAUGUUCCUGUACGUUCGGGACGUUUUGUGGCACGUAAAAAUUGGCUAAUCACUGGUUCCGAUGAUAUGCAAAUUCGCAUUUUCAACUAUAAUACAUUGGAAAAAGUUCAUUCAUUUGAGGCUCAUUCAGAUUACAUACGUUGUAUUGCCGUACACCCAACUCAGCCACUGAUAUUGACUAGUAGCGAUGACAUGCUUAUUAAGCUUUGGAAUUGGGAGAAAAUGUGGGCUUGCCAGCGUGUAUUCGAAGGUCAUACACAUUAUGUUAUGCAAAUUGUAUUCAAUCCCAAAGACAAUAAUACAUUUGCUUCGGCCUCAUUGGAUCGCACCGUUAAAGUUUGGCAAUUGGGUUCGAAUUUUGCCAACUUUACUCUAGAAGGUCAUGAAAAGGGUGUCAACUGUGUGGAUUAUUAUCAUGGUGGUGAUAAACCCUAUUUGAUUUCGGGUGCUGAUGAUCGUUUGGUUAAAAUUUGGGAUUAUCAAAAUAAAACUUGUGUACAGACAUUGGAGGGUCAUGCACAAAAUAUAUCAGCAGUUUGUUUCCAUCCAGAAUUACCAAUAGUAUUGACCGGUUCAGAAGAUGGUACUGUGCGUAUUUGGCAUUCGGGUACCUAUCGUUUGGAAAUCUCUUUGAAUUAUGGGUACGAACGUGUUUGGACAAUUGCUUGUAUGCGUGGUACUAAUAAUGUUGCCUUGGGUUAUGAUGAAGGUUCCAUUAUUAUUAAAGUAGGCCGGGAAGAACCAGCCAUGUCUAUGGAUGUUAUUGGCAGUAAAAUUAUAUGGGCCAAACAUUCGGAAAUGCAACAGGUCAAUUUAAAAACUUUGGCAGAUGGCACAGAAAUCAAAGAUGGUGAACGUUUGCCAGUAGCUGUUAAAGAUAUGGGAGCAUGUGAAAUUUAUCCUCAAACUAUUGCCCACAAUCCCAAUGGUCGUUUUGUGGUGGUUUGUGGUGAUGGCGAAUACAUUAUUUACACUUCCAUGGCUUUGCGUAAUAAAGCAUUUGGUUCGGCCCAGGAAUUCGUAUGGGCUUUGGAAAGUAAUGAAUAUGCCAUACGUGAAACUAAUGGCACUGUGCGCUUAUUCCGUAACUUUAAAGAACGUAAAAGUUUUACCCCCGAAUAUGGCGCAGAGAGUAUUUACGGCGGCUAUUUGUUUGGUGUGAAAACAUCAUCGGGUUUAGCCUUUUAUGAUUGGGAAACUCUGACUUUAGUAAGACGCAUUGAAGUACAACCACGUCAUGUAUUUUGGAAUGAAUCUGGUACAUUGGUGUGUCUUGCUACUGAAGAGUCCUUCUUUAUAUUGUCCGUUGAUACCGGCGCCAUUUCCAUUGCAUUAGAAACUAAACAAGAUUUGGAAGAUGAUGGCAUUGAAAGUGCCUUUGAUGUAUUAGGCGAAAUCAAUGAAAUUGUUAAAACUGGUCUAUGGGUGGGUGAUUGCUUCAUUUACACCAAUUCCGUGAAUCGUAUUAACUACUAUGUGGGUGGUGAAAUUGUUACCAUUUCUCAUUUGGAUCGCACUAUGUAUUUGUUGGGCUAUGUACCCAAAGAUAAUCGCCUUUACAUGGGUGACAAGGAACUCAAUGUCAUUUCCUUUUCUCUACAACUAUCGGUAUUGGAAUAUCAAACUGCUGUUAUGCGCCGUGAUUUUGAAAGGGCCGAUUUAGUUUUGCCCACUAUACCAAAGGAGCAUCGUACACGUGUGGCUCAUUUCUUGGAGAAACAAGGUUUCAAGUCUCAAGCCUUACAAGUAUCCACCGAUCCAGAUCAUAAAUUUGAUUUGGCCUUACAAAUUGGUGAACUCGAUAUCGCUGUUAAGUUAGCCAGAGAAGCCGAGAAUCCACAAAAAUGGUCACAACUGGCAGAUGUAGCUUCCCGUAAAAAUAAUAUGGCUUUAGUGAAGGAAUGCAUGGAAAAGGCCAAUGACUUUAGUGGUCUUUUGCUAUUGGCCACAGCUUCUGGCGAUGCUGAGAUGUUAAAAUCUUUGGGAGAUAAUGGCUCCGCCCAAGGACGUCAUAAUAUCGCAUUUCUGUCCGCAUUUAUACGUUCCGAUGUGGAACGCUGUUUGGAGAUAUUGAUAGAAACAAAUCGCUUGCCCGAAGCAGCUUUCUUUGCACGCACCUACAUUCCCAGCCAAAUGUCACGAGUAGUCGAACUAUGGCGUGAAGAAUUGGCUAAAUUUAAUGAGAAGGCCGGCCAGUCUUUGGCUGAUCCAGCAAAAUAUGAAAAUCUCUUCCCCGGCUUGGGGGAUGCUUUACAAGUUGAGGAAUUCCUCAGGCAAAAAGAGCGCCAGCAAUUGCCAGCUCAUGCUGCUGCCUCAUUACCACUCAAUAUUGAUCGCAAUCCCUUGGAAGAAAUGCAAAUGGCCCAACAGAAAGGCAUAUUUGAGAGUAACUCUAAGGUAGAUGUACAAGACUAUAAGAAAAGUGACGAUUAUGUGGGUACAGCUGCCGCUACAGCAUCUGUAGCUAACACAACCACUAAAGCAUCAAUAUCAGUGCCUGCUGCCACUGCGAAAGACGACGAUGAUGAUGACGAUUUAGACUUAGAGAUCGAAGGCAUAACUUUGGAUGAUAACAUCGAUACAACAGAUGUCAAUUUAGAUGAUGAUUUUCUUAGUGAUGAUUAAGUAUAAAAAUAAAAUUGUAACCCAAACAUUUCCUCUACAUUUAUAAAAAUUCCUCCUACACUCCCUCUCUAUCGUCCCCUUUAAAUUACAACAACACUCUGUUCGUUUGUCGAGGUCUAGGACCUUUUAUUAUUAAAAGUUUACAUUUAUGUUUAAA